AUGCCAAUCACCAACUUGACAUUCUGUAUCGAAAAUAUUCCAGCUUCUGAAACUCUUCCUUUCCAACUCUCUGUUGAAACCACAACAGGUGAUCAUAUUGUCGUGUGUAAAACGGAAGAUACCAUAGAAAUGGAAAGACACGUCGCUCAACAAGUAAAUAUUCCAUCACUUGCCAAAUGUCAAGUCAGAAUUUUGAUUGCUAAACGUAAUAUUGACAGUGUACAAUCAUUUAAUAUUGAAAAGGAAGGCCCAUUCAUUCUCAUUAGAAGAGAAGAAGGAAAAGGUCUUCAACUCGUUCAAAGAAAAUUGGAUGAUAAAUUUGGAACCACUCAAACAAUUCAGAAAACAACAAGUGGUGCAAGUUCACCUCGUCAACAACCUGGUUUCGUUGUCGAUCCAAAAACUGGUCAGAAACGUUAUGUUUCAAAAGCUCCAGGAACGACCACUGUUAUUAAUACUCCUUUGAGUGAUUCUAACAGUUCAACAUCAUCCAGUUCAGGAAGUAUUCUUGGUGGUGGUGGUAGCUCUGGUGGUGAUGAUGUUUAUGCACAAAUUGAGAAAUUGGGUCAAUUGAGAGAUAGAGGAAUUUUAACAGAGGAAGAAUUUCAACAACAAAAGAAGAAACUCUUAGGAUUGUAA